UUCACAGUUGACCAAUUUUAUAGUCGCUCUUGAACUAUUUUCAUAGUAAAUAUAUAUAUAGCCGUCAACCACCGUUCUUAGCCUCGCGCCGCCAUUACUUCCGACGAAAGCUACCUCAACAGCUGAACCCUGCUGGGUUUUUUCAUAAUGAGUGAACAACUAGUUCAAUUGCUUCCUAGGUUACUGAAUUCCCGACUGUAUACAAACUCCCACCAUUCAUAAUUAGUCCAAAAACCAAUUUGUCAUCAUAAUUAGUCCAAACUGUAUUUAUUGUACUAACAAAUUCGAAUAAUUUUUGGUAGAUGGGUGUAAACUCUUCUGAUCUCUUGGCAUUUAAGACACUGAGAACCGCUUGAAAAUCCCACUUGACUCAUAAAUCGACGAGGCCCGGUUAUUUCAUUUUUUUUCUGGAAAGAAGAAAAAGUUGGCAGAGGAAGCAGCGUCUACAUAGGGCUUAAGAAGUGAAAGAAAGACCCAUUUUCAAGGUGUGGGAGAAGGAUUAUUUGAUGGCUUCAGCAUCGAAUUCUGGGCUUCAUUCUGAGUCUGCUUCCUCACAGUCUCUGCUGCCCCCCAAAGACGAACAGCAGGAUGUGUCAAGUCAGAAGGCUCCAUUGGAGCUGAAAAAGGAGGAGACACCAAAAGAAGAGCUUUUUGCGAUUAUGGAUAACAGGGAGGAGAAGGAGAAGUUUGAAAGGUAUUUUGCUGAAAUGACAGACUAUCUAACAGCAAAAUACUUCUCUGACAAGACCAUGUUUGGAGGCAAUAUUUAUGAUGUCAAAGUGACUACUGAUGGCCAGACUGUGAAGGCAAGCAGGUAGUUCAAUAAUUAUAAGUCAAAAUGGUGAUGCCUUGCUUCAUCAGUAUCCGAUAUUUUCUUCUUCAAAUCCUUGUCUAGGUUCUCUCCAAGUCAAUCAUUCGCGGAUCCUGCUAGUUUCAUCAGCAUGCUCAACAAUGUGUCCAAGUCUGAGGAAGAGGCUCCGGGUGAGACUUCAAACGGGAAGCAGUCUGCAAAGAAGAACUGAUUCAGUGCUUUCUGCUUUUUGAUAUGGAUCUAGAAGACUAGGAUUGGAACUUCUUUGUAAUGUCCAGUACUUAUGUAAUGGUGUUUGCACCAUGAAAUAAAUACAUGAUGUAUCCUUAGGAAACAUUUCUGGCAUCAGAGUGUCAAACUGUCAUAUACUCAGAAUCUUAUCACAAAAGAAAAGAAUGUCAAAGUUUUAAUCUUGUUAAUUAUAGCAUUAAAUUUAAGCUAAUUUAAGUCUGGUUUUUGUUUGGG